GGAUGACAGCAGUCAGGAAGGUCAGGAAGGGGAGGAGUUUGAGUGUUACCCCCCGGGGAUGAAGGUGCAGGUGAGGUAUGGGCGAGGCCGCAAUCUGAAGACGUACGAGGCCACUGUGAAAGAGGCAGACGUGGAGGGGGGAGAGGUGCUCUACCUGGUGCACUACUGUGGCUGGAACGUCAGAUACGAUGAAUGGAUCAAAGCGGAUAAGAUCGUGCGUCCGGCCAAUAAGAACGUUCAAAAAAUAAAACACCGCAAAAAAAUAAAGAACAAGGCGGAGAGGGAGCGCGAGCGUCUGGAGAGGCUCACUGACAGAGACGUGCUCGGCCCGCCCAACCGCCUCCCACGCUCCAAAAACGGCCUGAGUCAGGAUGUGUUUUCUAAGAUGGACGAGGGUGAGGACAAAGGGACUCAGCAGUCUCCCGUCAAGUCUAUAGAAAUUACUUCUAUCCUCAAUGGCCUGCAAGCCUCCGAGGUGUCCACAGACGAGAGCGAGCAUGACGACGACGAGCACAAUGAAGAGGAUCACCCGGGCUGCAGAGGCAGAAAGGCCCCCGAGCCCCCACAGACCUCAGAGCGCUGGGAGAGCAGCCCCCCCCCCGAAGGACCCAAACCCCCCCCAAACUCAGGAAAGACCCUCGACCCGGCCGCGGCGGAGAGCUCGGACGCCGGGAAGCGAAGGAGCCAACCCGAGUUAGAGGGAGAGGCAAGCAGCCGGAAGAGGAAGUCUGACCCUGCAGCAGAGAGACCGCCUAAAGGACAAUCCAAAACCAAGACCAGGAGCACCCGGAGCGCCGACUGGCUCCCCGCCGGAUCUCCACGGGCGCCCGCUCCUCCCGGGGACGAGAGCAGCAGCUCAGACGACGAAGGCGUCGCGGCGACCAAGUCUCAGGCGGGCGAGAGCGAGCGCAGUCGGCCAAAAACCAAAGGUCCCCCUUCAAAGAAGUACAACGGGAUGAAGGAGAAGAGCAAAGCGGGCCGACAGGCGGGAUUCUGGGAGAUUCCUGAAAAAAGAGCGAAACCAUCGGGACCCGUGGAGGAGCGGCCGGCGGUCCGCUCCAAAGGUCAGAAGGACGUGUGGUCCAGCAUCCAGGCGCAGUGGCCCAAGAAGACCCUCAAAGAGUUGUUUUCUGACUCAGACACGGAGGCCAACUCGCCGCCGCCUCCCAUGCCCUCGUGUCUGGAGGACCCGAGCGGCGAGCAGGACGGCGAGCAGGACGGCGGCCCGGAGGACGAGGCGUCAGAGGAGCCGAUGGAGAACGACAAACUGCAGGAGUUCCCGAGCAGCGGCAGCAACUCUGUGCUCAACACGCC